AAUAUCCCGGAGCUGGUCAACAUGGGGCAGUGGAAGAUCCUAGCCCACUAUGAAGAUUCGCCACAGCAGGUCUUCUCAGCUGAGUUUGAGGUGAAGGAAUAUGUGCUGCCCAGUUUUGAGGUCCAAGUGGAGCCUGAAGAGAAAUUCUACUACAUCGAUGACCCAGAGGGCCUGGGUGUCACCAUCACAGCCAGGUUCUUGUAUGGGAAGCAUGUGGAUGGAACAGCCUUUGUCAUCUUUGGGGUCCAGGAUGGUGACCAGAGGAUUUCGCUGGCCCAGUCCCUCACCCGUGUUGUGCUCGAGGAUGGCACUGGAGAGGCCAAGCUGAAGCGAGAGGUGCUGCUCGGGGGGGUGCAGCCCUCCCGAGAGGAUGCCCUGGUGGGAAAGUCAUUGUACGUGUCCGUCACUGUCAUCCUGCACUCAGGCAGCGACAUGGUGGAGGCAGAGCGCAGUGGGAUCCCCAUCGUGACCUCCCCCUACCAGAUUCACUUCACCAAGACACCCAAGUUCUUCAAACCCGCCAUGCCCUUCGACCUCAUGGUGAGACACAGGGCCGGCCUGCUCUCUGACCUUGCCCCUGAGCUUGGGCCGUCCCUCUGGGUCUGCCGAACUUCCCAUCCCCCACCUCGCCACUGA